CCCUCCUCCUCUACCCCCUCUUCUCUUCUGCCUCCAUGGUAACAGUGAGCAGUGCUGGUAAUGGUUCCAUCCUGUUUCCUGGAGUCAACCCUUCUUUAGGCUACCUGCAAGACCACUUCCAACUACAUUAGGGGUAGGCAGCACACAGCCUGUACCUGUAGGCUUACACCUGCAUGUAGAGAGUACAGCCAAUAGGCAAGGAGCAGCUGCUGAAGACCGGAGUUAUGAGGCCUUAUUGCCCUCUCCCUUGGGCGUCCUGUGGCCCUCAGAAAACAUACUGCACACAAUGCCAGCCAGCCAUCCCUGGGCCCUGGGGGCUUGCUCACAUCUCUGAAGACUGAACAGUUCUGACUGUGAGUGAUGGGAACGACCUGUUCCUGUUUUGUUGUUUUGGUGUGCAUUAUCCCCUGGGUUUUACACAGAGAUAAUUAUUGCAGACAUGCAGAACUAUGAGCACCUUUAUAUCAUGAUCUGUUGCUGGUUUCUAUAAACCUCACAGUAUGUAAUCAUGUAAUCAGCUCCAGCUGCAGCCCCUUUUAGAAUCCCAAUCAGAGGGCUAGACUGAAAAUGAGCUGUAGUAAAGCAUUGCCUGGUUUUGUGCUGAAACAAUGAUUCUAUACAAGGACUCUAGGAUCCAAACAUCUCUUUAUGACACAGGCCUACAGGUUGCAAGCAGAUCAGAAAGGCCUCUUUUUAAUGUGCUUUAGAGUAGACAUUUUUAAAGGUUUUCCCAUCAGGGCGUAGGGGCUGUUACACACUAACAGAGAGGGCAUUCUUGCUCUCCAUAGAAAUCCAACUUUUGGAUUUCCAACUCAACAAUUGGCUAAACGGAUUGCACUGUUUUGAGUGGUUGGGUUAUGCCAAAACAAAGUCAUGCCUACAGUCCUUGCUGGGAACACUGUGCCUUGCAGUUGGAGUCUAAAGAAACUCUCUUCAUUCCAUGCCAUUAGAGGACACCCCUGAUUUCUUUCGGGGCACACAAGACCUACGGAGUCCCCAUCUUCUUGGGCUGUCUGAAUGAUCUUCAAAAUGUCAGUCUGUCUAUUUGGGGUCCACUAAAUCACGAAAGGCAAAAUGUACCCCAUUAAUUGACAAUAGCAAUUGGCUCCCAGUCUGUUAUUGUACAUUUGUGAAGCUAGAUGUUAUAAAAAUGCAAACCAUCUCUCUUUGGGACAAGACACAAGUCAGAAGCCGGGUACAAAACCAUUUCUGUACUGCUCACAAAAUCAUUGUUUGAGAUCCAAAAAUGUUAAGUAAUUCAGUGAUAUCUCUUUGCAAAAUUCCAGAAAUAUCACUAACUGUUUACUUAUGUGUUUUGCAGCUAUUUUGCUCAACCAGUUACUGCCACACCAUUAGUUCAAGUAGUAUAUUCUGACACCAUGCAUCAGUCUGUGUAAGGCUAAAUAGUACAUCUAGUACACUACAGUACUUGCACAUAAGGAAUCCAGAGAAUCUAGUAUGUUUGCAACUGUAGGCCUAAAUGUUAAUUAAUCCAAUAUCAUAUUCAAAGCAAGAGGAAAAAAUAUAAAACAAAACACCUUUUUCUGGUUAAAUCUGUCACAACCUGAACGUUCAAAAUGCAAUUCACUUUAGCUCUUUUUACUCUGCCCCUUACCAAAGUGCCCCGGUUUAGAGUGAGUUUCAGUAGAACCAGAAGUCUGUUGCCUUCGGACAUCAGUGCUUCAAUGCAGCCAAUGCAGCCCUCAGACAAGGCGGGACAUACUGACUGUAGCUGGAGGAAGGAAGUUCCCUCUGAAGCAGGGAGUGUCUGCAUAUAAAAUGGUCUGCAGUUCUCUGCUUCAUAGAUGCCACCAACGUCUCCUCUUCUAUGACCAUGGGAGGCCCUCGCAGUGCUUUUCCCACCUCUUCCAGCUCCACCAUGCACUCCACUACUUCAGCCACUGACCAGACCUCUGCUCACACCGGCAUCGGCGCUCCAGACGAAGGUGUAAGUAGCAGAGCGGUGGCGGAGAUGCUUGGCGCCGAGGGCGGGACCGGCAACAGUGGGAGUGCUGGUGGCGAGAAAGGAGGAGGGGCCGGAUCCCUAGGUGGAGGAGGAAGAGGGGGGGCAUCCCAGGAGGCCCAGCAGCACCACCAGAUGACGCCCUCCAAGCGGCGCACGGUGCUGAACAUCUCGCCUCCGCCCGAGGACCUGUUUGACGACAGCCGCAUGUCCUGCCAGGAGGAUCAGCUCCAGGACUCCGAGCAGAGCAACAGCAUCUGGAUGGAUGACUCCGCCUCCAACUUCAGCAUCGUCAGCUCCAGCUCCUACAACGACAACACAGAGGUGCCCCGGAAGUCGCGCAAGCGCACCCCCCGCCAGCGACCCGGGCCCAAGCCUGCCUCGGCCGAGGAGGCCAGCAUGGACGUGUUUGAUGCAGACAGUGCCAAAGGGCCUCACUUUGUGCUCUCACAGCUGGGCUCAGACAGCAAGGCCUGUACCAAAGGAAGUUCGGCAGAUGGCUCCCAAACAACCCAUCAGAAAUGUGGGACCCUAGCGAGCCAGUUCCCUCAGAAGAGUGAGUGCAAGGAGCUGAAGAUCCUGGUCCAGCCUGAGACCCAGCACAGAGCCCGCUACCUGACUGAGGGCAGCAGGGGGUCAGUGAAGGACCGCACUCAGCAGGGCUUCCCUACCCUAAAGCUGGAGGGUGUGAAUGAGGCAGUGGUGCUGCAGGUGUUUGUGGGUAAUGAUGCUGGGCGUGUGAAGCCACAUGGGUUCUACCAGGCCUGCAGGGUGACAGGGCGCAACACUACAGCCUGCAAGGAGGUGGACAUCGAGGGCACCACUGUCAUUGAAGUGUCCCUGGACCCCAGCAAUAAUAUGACCCUGGCGGUGGACUGCGUGGGGAUCCUGAAGCUGCGUAACGCUGAUGUGGAAGCUCGUAUCGGGGUGGCCGGCUCCAAAAAGAAGAGCACUCGUGCCAGGCUGGUGUUUCGGGUCAACAUCCCCAGGCCGGACGGCUCGGUGCUCACGUUACAGACACCGUCGUCCCCCAUCCUGUGCACCCAGCCUGCAGGGGUGCCUGAGAUUCUGAAGAAGUCCCUCCACAGUUGCUCGGUGAGGGGGGGUGAGGAGGUCUUCAUCAUUGGGAAGAACUUCCUCAAGGACACCAAAGUCAUAUUCCAGGAAAAUGUAUCAGAUGAGAAGUGUUGGAAGGCAGAGGCUGAAAUUGACAUGGAGCUGUUUCACCAGAAUCACUUGAUUGUGAAGGUUCCUCCUUACCAGAACCCAGCCAUCGCGUCUGCAGUGUGUGUGGGAAUCUACGUGGUGACCAAUGCUGGCCGAUCCCAUGACGUGCAGCCUUUUACAUACACUCCAGAACCAGUGGACAUAUCUGUGAAGAAAGAAGAUCCAUCUCCAGGCAAGCCCUGCCCUUUUGAUCAACGGAUGAAAGUAAUUGAUGGUGCCUUGAUGCCCCCAAUGUUGCCUCUUGUGAAGAGAGAAGAGGUCACUCCAAUGGAGGUCUCCAGCAACCUCCCUUCUGCUGGCGUGUUCAAGCGGACCCCCGAUGUCAUGUGUUCCGCCCAGCAGACGCUGGACAUGAGUUCCAACCUUCCCCCCAACAACAGCCCGUUCUCCAACUCCUUGCCGCGGCCUGCCAAGGACCCUGCCGAAUCCCAAACAGCAGUCUUCAACAGUGCAGAGGCCCUGAGCACCAUACAGAAGCAGGACAUCGCUCUCACCAACUCCUUCCCCGUGCCUGCAGACUCUCUACUCCAACCUGGGCCUCAGCAGUUCCUCCUGGAGCCCAGAGAGGGGCUUGGUCAGGACAGGGCUGGCAACAAUGCUGGGGUGGUAGGGAGGCUCAGUCAACAAGUGGAGGCCCCUCAACCUGCCCCCCAGCAGCACCAGCUGCCCAUAUUCCCCCCAGACGAUGUGGCCCAACUGGAACAAGCAGUGAGACAACUGCAGGCAAAAGGGUACUGCAGCCAGCAGCAACAGCGACAACAGCAACAGAUUCAACAACAACAAAUUCAGCAACAACAGCAGCAACAAAUUCAGCAACAACAGCAACUACAGCAACAGCAACUACAGCAACAGCAACAGAUUCAGCAGCAACAGGUUCAGCAGCAACAGGUUCAGCAGCAACAGGUUCAGCAGCAACAGGUUCAGCAGCAACAGGUUCAGCAGCAACAGGUUCAGCAGCAACAGAUUCAGCAGCAACAGAUUCAGCAGCAACAGGUUCAGCAGCAACAGGUUCAGCAGCAACAGAUUCAGCAGCAACAGAUUCAGCAGCAACAGGUUCAGCAGCAACAGGUUCAGCACCAACAAAUUCAGCAGCAACAGAUUCAGCAGCAACAAAUUCAACACCAACAAAUUCAACACCAACAACAGCAACAGCAUGUGUUGGAGAACCUGCGGCAGGAGCUGUUUAAAUCACAGAUGCCAAUGCAGUGUGGCAUAUUUCAGGGCGGUUCUCUAGGUGAGAACGCUGAACAGCAGGGUUCCCAGCAGGGCAUGGUGCAGAACCAUGGUUCCCUCUUUCAGCAGGCCCAACAGCAGCAGAGGCAACAACAGAAACAGCAGCAGCAAGCAGCACUCUUUCAGCAAGCCAAUGACCUCCUCUCCAUUCAGACCAACUUCCUCCAUCAGACCCCUUCUCAUCCCUCUCCACCCCUCUUCCAUAACCCCAGCCCCCUGGCUGAGGCACAGGACCCACAGGGGGUGCUGUUCCACACUCAGAAGGCCUCUCCCACCCAGGAGCAGGUCCAGGCAACCCUCUUCCAGAACACCCUGACAGUGUUGAGUAGGACCAGCCUCUCCCCAGAGCAGCCCCCCUCUGCCGCCAACCUGUUCCUCCCCCAGAGUGCCCUGUCUGGUCAGCUCUCCGCUAGCGGCAGCCAGCAGCAGCAGCUGGCCUUCCUCAGUGCCCUUCAGACCUCUGCCCCUGAGCCCCAGUCAGUGUUCCAGGCUCAGACCCAGCUUUCUCCUAUCCAGCAGGGGACCCCCAUGGAGCAGCAGCAGCCCUCCCAGCCUCAGCCACCUCAGCAGAACUCUAUGUUUCAGAACAUCUCCCCUCAUCCACCUGCAAACACUCUCUCUCAGACCCAGCAGCAGCAGGCUGGCCUACUGUUCUGCAGCAAACACCUCUCCACUCCAGAGCAGCCCCCCAGUCUGCUGUUCAGUGGCCAGGGCCAGAUGCCCCCCAUGAGCAGCAGCAGCCUGAACUCUCAGGAGCCCCAAAACCCCUCCAUGCUGUUCUCUCAGGCCAGCAUGGUGACUGUUAGCCAGCAGGAAUCCUCUGAGCCCAUGGCCUUCCAGGACCAGAGCCAGGUGGUGGGGAACCCCUCAGAGCCUCGCCAUCACGGCCUGUUCCAAGAGCAGCAGCCCAUGCAGCUGAUCACCAGCUCCAACAACGGCCCAGAGCAGCCCGUCUCUCUCUUCAUGCCCCAAUCCAACAUAUCUGCCCUGCAGCGUUGCAUGGCUGCCCGGGAACUCCCGCAGACAGGCAUCUUUAGCACUCAGAAUGGGGUGGCAGGCCUGCAGACCACCACCUCCUCCCCCGUACAGCAGCCAGGGUCUCUGUUCCAGACAGCAGUCAGUGGGAGCCUCAACCAGCCCAGCGAGGCCCAGCAGCCAGGCCUCUUCCUCUUUGGGAUUCAGAAUGAGUGUGGCCAGCUGAUAACCUCUCCUGGAACCACUCUGUCUGAUCAGAUCAUUGCCAUCAGUCAGUCUGGUCAGAAUCAGAGAGAGAGCGAGGCCCAGAUCCAGUCGCUGCUCAACCAGUCCAUGUCUGAGUCAGGGAGCAUGCAGAACAGCAUGACCGCCUCCCAGAACAUGGAGAAGAUAGAUGACCUGCUUGUCAGCCUGCAGGAGCAGGGCAACAACCUCACUCGCUCCUACUAGGCCUGCUAUAGGUUUCAGGAGCCCAGAAGACCCCCAGUGUGGACCCCCAUUACAGAUGGCAGAAGACCCCCAGUGUGGACUCCCAUUACAGAUGGCAGAAGACCCCCGGUGUGGACCCCCAUUACAGAUGGCAGAAGACCCCGGUGUGGACCCCCAUUACAGAUGGCAUAAGAAUGAAAACAAACCCAAUGGUGGGCUCCUGUCCGAACUCCAAGUUACAUGUAAGCCUCAGCGGCCUUUUUCUCCAAGGACAGUCUUCAUGUGUAGAUGCUCCACAGUGACGCCGAGCAGGGCACCAGUCCUCCACUGCAUCUAAACCUGGACCUCAAAAUAGGACAUAGGUUGUAGUCACCCCACAACUGUCAUUGUAUCUCGCAGCUAGUCGCCUCCAGCUCUUAAUGAAACAUGACACUAUGUAAUGUUUGGCUAACUCAUCAGUUCUCAGAGCAGCACUUUGCGGUGUGGUUUUAUAAGGAUGGUGGUGGAAGCUAGCACAGCAUUCUGUCUUCUCCAGGACCAGAGUGUGGGCUCACAGUUGUUUAUAACGCAUUGUUGUCCUUUUUAUACGAUAUUAAAAGUAUUUUAGGAAAUAGCAAAAGAAAAUAUACAAUUAAUGAAAAAUAAACCUUUGUAAAUAUAUUUUGACUUUAGUUCUUUCAGCACUUUAUGAUGCUUUCCUUUUGUGGCCAGUUACUCAUUAAGUUGGCCUAUGCAUUUGCUAGUCAGCUAUUUAGUCAGUACAUCUCCACAACUUUAUUACUCAUGCAUGUGUUUUGAGUUAUGGCUUUAGUUUUUUUAUUGUUCCUUUCAUGAAAUACCAGUUUCUUAUUGGCAGCCAUCUUCCCAUUACCCAUUCCUGAGAAUAACUCCAAAUAUUUGAGUAUUACACCAUGGAUUUCUUUACCUGAUUAGACUCUGUAGUACGAGAGAUGCUCUAGAUUAGGGUCAAUGUGGAUCAAGAGAAAACAAUCAUCCAGCCUUUAAAUUAUUCAUUUCCAGUCUACAUAAUUAAAUAGGCCUAUAUUUUGAAUAAAUCAGAACCAUAUAUGUGUACUAUAUACCAGUGUGCACGGUUGUCUGAUGUAAUUAAAGAGUAUAUUGUUAUUUGUAUCAUUCUAUUGCAAAUGUAGAUAAUGUGUUGUUUUGUGAUGUCUCCAUGGAAGAUGUUUGUAUUAGCUCACGUCUGGCACGCACAAACUGGACUUUUAUCCAUAGAUCAGAGAGGAGUUUUCCGUAUGUUUGUCUUACUGUAAAAUACCAACUCUCUUGCCUACAGUGGGCCACCCCAGGACCUGAGUCAAGGCCUCAAGUCACAGCCUCCUUUUUCGUCUUCAUGAAUGGCCAGUUUUAUGGCUCAUAUUGAUUGGUGUGUUCAUAUUUGUUGUUUGAGACUUGCCAUGUUUUGACAGGAAGAAAGUGGUGAAAGUGACUGGAGCAGUUAUCUGUUUUGCCUUGAGCAUGAAUGGUUGUUUGUAGUUGGAUUAUUAGUGUCAGGCGUGAUAUACAGAUGUAUGAUCUUAAUUUGAUCACUCUUUUGUUGCUGAGAAUUUUCCUGCACUGGAAGAAAAACUUUUUUAUUAUUAUUUGUAUUUUAUCAUUUUUGUAUAUAUUUUUGUUGUACUUUUUACCCCGAAUUUCAUGAUAUCCAAUUGAUAGUUAGUCUUGUACCAUCGCUGCAACUGCAACACGACUCUGCCAAGCCGCUCUGCUUCUUGACACACAGCUCGCUUGUGUGUCAAAUUUCGACUUUGAAAUUUCAGACUUGAUUUACCCUAAUGAAAAAUGUAUCAACCUCUACAAAAAUGUCCAUUAAUUAUAAUCCACAGAAUAAUUCACAUUUCCUUUUGCUGCAGGAUUAUUUUUCUGCUAUAGCAAACUAGCUCAAAUUAAGACCCUACACCUGUACUGCUGCGAAACUGGUUUGUGCUUUUAUUCUUUACAUGUGAGUAUUGGGCUGGAGUGGAGCCAACAGUAAGAUUGUGUCUUGUUUUUUGUCUGAAUCUGAGUAUACACAUGAACAAGGGGCUGGUCUCUGAUGACAACAAUAACAGCUUCGUUGAGUGCCUCCAUCUUUCUCUCUUAGUGUUGUAUUUUAUUGUGUGUUCUUAACAUCAUUACCUUUUUUUCACUUUAAAAACAAGCAGAUUUUUUAAAUGGAGAGUAUUUAAAUUAUUUUUAGUAAUGUGAUUGGUGGGGCCCCAUAUUUCCCAUCCCAGAGCUUGAGCUGUGUUCUUUUAGAUAUUUAAAGGGACCCUACUCAUGAAGAAUGAACCGUUAAGUUGCUUUGGAGAAAAGAGCUGUCUGUGAUUGGCCUUCUUCAACUCUUGUGAAAUACUAGUAGUUUUGUUUCCAGUAGUCAUGAGUAUUUGUGAAUUUUUAUCAUAUUUACAAAUAUUUUAUCAUAUCUUUUUUACUGGUGUAGUUCUAAUACAUCUUUUCAGAAAUCAUAUCUAAUUUAUUUGGUAUUUCUUGUUUUAGAUAUUGUCUAAAUUGUGUCCCACAAUCAUAUUUGUGCUACAAAUGACUUGAUGUACAAGUUUGGUUCUGAUUUAACUCCGUAAUUGUAUUAAUAUUAGUUAUGUGGAUUGGGCCCUUCCCCACCUGUUGAAACUGUAGUUGGCUGUGGUCUUGUGUGACAUAUCUGUCAGUGAAGCUUUUCUUCUCCUUGUAGAUGUGAGGACAGGGAUACAACUUUAUGAUUGAGGGAGUUCAAAUGUAACAUGUACACUGAGACACAUGUACAUUCCUGUGCAUUGUUUUCUUCCAUUUGAUAGAUUUCCGUUGAGAUCAAUUGUACAGUAUGUUUGUCCAAAUCUGAUAGUUUAAAGUCAAACCCUUGUGAUAUCAUCCAUGAAACAUUUAACCUAUACUGUCACAUCUUCAACUUACUUCACCUCUUGAAUAAGGAAAGAGCAGGAAGUUAUUGGACAACUCUGCCAGUAAUAAAGCCAUACAGACAGUUAAAACAGUAUCUAUUAAAUAUUUGUUAAUAGGGUUUACAAAAAACUCCAAACGCAGAAUGUGUUUGUUACCUCAACCCGAGCAGGUUGCUAAUCAGGCCACCUUACUCAACAUUGGACCAAUUUCAAUGAUAAAGUACAUUCUUUAUAUAUAGUAUACAUACAAUAUUUUGUUAGCAACAUGUUAAUGUUUUGUGUUAUGAAUACACAAUAAGAUUAUUGUUAAUAAGGAUAUUGAAAGAAAUACCUAUUUUCAAAUGUAACCCAUGAAUAUCCCAUGUAGUAUGAGCUUUGACAAAAUAAGAGGCCUAUUUGUCAAGUAGGCUACAUGUUUUACAUUGAGGACGACAUGAGUCUUUCUAAUUGAGUGGCGCUAUACUUUAUUGUGCCGGUAAAGGUUUCAUUUAUUGAAGACCUAAAAAUUAACGACUUUUCCUACUCAACCAAUGACUACAGAAAUGCAGAGGUCACCUUGAAAGUUCAUCUAUAUUUUUACCAUAUUUGCACCCAGACUAACCAAUGAUUUAUGACAUCACAGUGUACAGCAAAUAUAUUUUAGAAGUAUUGCUCAGUACAUUGGAUGAUAUACUUGUGCCUUGACAAACUUUUUAUAGUAGAGACCAGAUUUAUCUUGUACCAGUGUUGCCUAUUUUAUUCACCGCUGUGACACAAUUGUCAGUGGUUAUUAGCCCUUGAUAACUAGUAUCUUGCAAGCCAUACGACUUGUGUGCUUCAAAUGCCGUACAGAAAUGAGUGACCAGAUAAAUGUAUAGUGUUGUGCAAUUUGUUGUGCAUCUGAUUUAUUUUCACGAAAAUAUGAAUUGCAUUUGUUUCACGUCGUUGCAAUUUAAGUUUUGUCUCAAACUGCUAUGCAGCUUGAUUCAAUAUAAAUGUAUAUCUGUAACUUUUUUAAUAUAUAUUUUAUCUAUUUAGCCUCUCUUGAUUGUUCAUUGCAAAGAGGAAACUAUAACGAAAUAUUGUAAUUAUGUUAAUUAUUUAUGUCACUUUUUGAAAUAGUAUUGAUACUGUGUGCCACCGGGAUUUGUUUUUAUUUUUAUGAUUGGGCUUGUGUCAGUCAAGACCAACACAAAUUUCACCUAAUUCAAACAAAGUUGUCAUUCAGAAUUUUCAUCAUGGGUGUUUUGUUUAUAUUGUAAAUGUUAUCAGUUAGUCUGUUCACACACUGUUCUGUUUGUGUCCCCUUAACCUGUCUGGCUUUGGUUUGAUGUGAAAGUCUGCUUUGUUUCCAUGAGUUUUUUUUCUGGUGAUCAGUAAUGAACCUGUUGAUAGCACUGACAGGUAAUAGGUAUGGGGAGUGCAUAUCACCUAUGUGUUUUUAGCUACCGUGUAAACAACUGUUAAAUAUUACCUUUUUAAAAAAAAUGAAUCUAUAUAAAAAUGUAUUUUUGCUUUUGUUGGGGCAUUUGUAUACUCUUGCAAUUAUAUUUAUGUAAACCUGCUGGUAUCUAUAUUAAUAAAGAUAGAUGAUACGUUUUC